AUGGGUCAGUCGCAUUCCAAGGGCAAUUCUGGCCCUGGCGACUCUCUGCAGUCCUACCCAUCCUUCUCACGCUCCGACACGAAGGAGUCUCUUCGGUCCCUUCGGGGCUCGAUUCGGUCUAAGAUCCGUAGCAGUGAUAGUCCUCGCGCAUCCACUUCAGCUCUGUCCACGGGAAGCCAAACGGAUAGGUCCGAUGCCGGGUCGAUCAAGUCGACGGGGAGUAGGAGAAGCUCCACCAACCUGAGUGCCCAAUCCCCUGGUGCCAAUGACUCUGCUUCGCAACUCGAUGCCCCUGAUCCACCUCCCUCUCCCACCUUGUCGAGCAGCCUGAAACGAGGCCACAAGGAUGUAGAUGCGAUGCAGCAAAGCGGUGAGGUCGACCACGUGUCAGAUGCACCUCCCACCGGUGCUGCACCAACGGGAUCUUCACAGAAAGUCGGCGAAUCUAUUCUUAUCAAGCGGCAGGACCAGCUGAAUCCAAUCCUGGAUUUUAUCAUGAACACACCUCUGAAUGAUACUUCCUCAUCUCCAGGAAUGGGAAUGGGCGCUCUUAAGUCUAUCGACCUAGAUGACAUGAUCACACGUCUGCUGGAUGCUGGUUAUUCAACUAAGGUCACGAAGACUGUCUGUCUUAAGAAUGCAGAGAUUACCGCCAUCUGUACUGCGGCUCGGGAGCUAUUCCUCAGUCAGCCUGCACUCUUAGAGUUGUCGGCUCCUGUAAAGAUUGUGGGCGACGUUCACGGUCAAUAUACCGACCUGAUCAGAUUGUUCGAAAUGUGUGGAUUUCCCCCUUCUUCGAACUACCUCUUUCUUGGUGACUAUGUGGAUCGGGGCAAGCAAAGCUUGGAGACAAUUCUCCUUCUGUUGUGCUAUAAACUCAAGUAUCCCGAGAACUUCUUCCUUCUGCGAGGCAAUCAUGAAUGUGCCAACGUUACCCGUGUAUACGGGUUCUAUGAUGAAUGUAAGCGGCGUUGCAACAUCAAGAUUUGGAAGACCUUCAUCGAUACGUUCAACUGCUUGCCGAUCGCUUCUAUCGUAGCUGGCAAAAUUUUCUGUGUCCAUGGUGGACUUUCACCCAGUCUCUCCCAUAUGGACGAUAUCAGGGGAAUCGCACGUCCGACUGACGUUCCAGACUACGGGUUGCUUAACGACCUUCUCUGGAGUGAUCCGGCCGACAUGGAGGAGGAUUGGGAGCCUAAUGAGCGUGGCGUAAGUUACUGCUUCGGUAAGAAAGUGAUCAUGAAUUUCUUGCAACGGCAUGACUUCGACUUGGUUUGCCGAGCCCACAUGGUAGUUGAGGACGGUUAUGAGUUCUACCAGGAUCGCAUUCUAGUCACUGUAUUUUCUGCCCCUAACUACUGUGGAGAGUUUGACAACUGGGGAGCGAUUAUGUCAGUCUCGGACGAACUCCUCUGCAGUUUCGAGUUGUUGAAACCGUUGGACUCUACCGCACUGAAGAACCAUAUCAAGAAGGGACGGAAUAAACGAAACAGCAUGCUCAACAGUCCUCCUGCAAUUGUAUCGGCCCAAAGUUAUUAG